AAAACCCUUUACAUCACACCAGCUACAUAACAGACCACCGCUUUACACAGAUCAACGCCUGAAUUAAGAGAGUAGAAUUUCCUUUUUAAAGAGAAGGAAAACCUUUGACAAAGAACUUUACUUUUCAAAUUUCCAAUCAAGACAAGAGGACACAUCAUAAGGAUGGGAUCUGCUGGGGUACAGAUUGUAUGUGUGGCCCUUGGGAUCCUGGGCCUGAUCGGGGGCAUUGUGUGCUGUGCCAUCCCUAGGUGGAAAGUGUCAUCAUUUACAGGACAGAACAUCGUAACGGCACAGGAAACUGAAGAGGGCCUGUGGAUGACCUGUGUGGUGCAGAGUACUGGCCAGCAGCAGUGUAAGAGCUAUGAGUCCCUGCUGGUCCUGCCAUCUGACCUGCAGGCGGCCCGCGCCAUGACCAUCAUCAGCUGCAUGGUCACCUCCCUGGCCAUCCUCAUCUUGUUCGCCGGCGCCGACUUCACCACCUGCGUGGAGAAUGAGGACAUCAAGCCCAAGAUCAGCCUUGUGGCCGGGAUCGCUCUGUUGGUGUCUGGCCUCCUCCUCAUGAUCCCUGUCAGCUGGUCCGCCCACAACGUCAUCAGCAACUUCUACAACCCCCUUGUGGCCCAGAAGAUGGAGCUGGGAACCUGUAUCUUUAUUGGCUGGGCUGCUGGGGUGCUGCUGCUUCUGGCUGGAGGCCUGCUCAUGUGCUUCAGCAGAGCCAAAUCUGGCAGCUCAGGAGGAACCGCCAAGUACUACGGCAACAGCGCUUCAGCCCCCACCGCCAACAAGAACUACGUCUAGUGCAUAUAUUACACCUCUGUAUGUUUGUAUGUAUGUAGAGAGAUAGUUUGAUGUAUUACACCUCUGUAUGUUUGUAUGUAUGUAGAGAGAUAGUUUGAUGUAUUACACCUCUGUAUGUUUGUAUGUAUGUAGAGAGAUAGUUUGAUGUAUUACACCUCUGUAUGUUUGUAUGUAUGUAGAGAGAUAGUUUGAUGUAUUACAUCUCUGUAUGUUUGUAUGUAUGUAGAGAGAUAGUUUGAUGUAUUACACCUCUGUAUGUUUGUAUGUGUGUAGAGAGAUAGUUUGAUGUACUACACCUCUGUAUGUUUGUAUGUGUGUAGAGAGAUAGUUUGAUGGAAAGGAAAUGGGUCAGACAGAAUGAAGACAAGAAAGGGGAGGGGUUUAACCUUGAGGAUAAAGAAGGAACAUUAUUAGUGGAAAUAAUGGUUGUAAAUAUUGAAUAUUUCAAAAUAGUAAUACUGGUUUAGUUGUAGUUAAUCCAAGGGUCCAAUAUGGUGGUUCAAUUUAAAAUACACAUAUAUGUUUAUUUGUUUUGUGGGGGGGGACUAACUCAAUAUACUAUAAUAUACUACAAAUCGAAACUGUGUAGAGAUGAUGAUGUACCUACAUUCAUACAGUUUCUUAACUGUGUCCAACUCGCUAAGAAUCACCUACAUGAAGGUUAGACAGUCAAGGAGCACCGGAAAUUCCAAAAACGAUGGAUAGAGGAAAUUAUUUGACAAAUUGUGACGGCGAGGAAAUAUAACCAAUUUUCCGUGUGGACCUCGUUGAAGACCAAAUGCAGCCCCCGGGGCAGAAGGAGUUUGACACCCUUGUUGUAAUGUGUUAUCUCGUUUAGGUUUUUAAUAAUGGGUGACAUGCUCCUGUAAUGCCAUGAAUGAACAACAGAGAGCAAGGUGAGGGACUCAGUGGUCAUGCAUCUCCAAAUACAGGUAUAGUUAAAUGACUGUAUAUAUCAUUUACAUCCAUGAGAUAACAACUAUUUUUCUUAUGUAAAUCAGCUUGUCUUUUACCUUUGUGUAUCAAAUAAUAAAUACAUAUGUUUUUAUUUUA